AUCGGCGUCUUGUGUGGGAACAACCAAUCAGAGGUGGCCUUCGGCUGACCGGAAGCUGUGUUGUUUACAUUUUCCAAGAUGGCGGCGGGGAUGUAUUUGGAGCAUUAUUUGGACAGCAUAGAGAACUUGCCCUUCGAGUUGCAGAGAAACUUCAAUCUGAUGCGGGAUUUAGAUCAACGCACAGAAGAUCUCAAAGGACAGAUAGAUUCCCUUGCCAAAGAAUACACAUCAAAUGCUCGGACUCUUUCCUCCGAACAAAAGCUGUCUAUACUGAGGCAAAUCCAGCAAUCAUACAGCAAGUGCAAAGAGUUUGGCGAUGACAAAGUGCAACUGGCCAUGCAGACCUAUGAGAUGGUGGACAAGCACAUUAGACGCCUGGACACAGACCUGGCCCGUUUCGAAGCCGACCUGAAGGAAAAACAGAUCGAGAGCACAGAUUAUGAUUCCACCUCCAGUAAAGGAAAGAAAGUUGACACCAGACAAAAGGAAAAGAAGUCGGCUAAAACGAGAUCUAAAGUCAAAAGCUCAGAUGAAGACGGCAGUCCCAAAAGCGCCCAGAAGAAAGUCAAACUCCUUCAAACGGGCGAAUUCAACACCCCCUCCGCCAACUUUGGGAAUGUGCACCCAUCUGAUGUGCUGGACAUGCCAGUGGAUCCCAACGAGCCCACCUAUUGUCUGUGCCAUCAGGUGUCUUAUGGCGAGAUGAUCGGCUGCGACAACACUGAUUGCUCCAUUGAGUGGUUCCAUUUUGCGUGUGUGGGUCUGACCACCAAACCACGAGGCAAAUGGUAUUGUCCACGCUGCUCUCAAGACAGAAAGAGAAAAUAAAACGGUUGUCCCGGAAUAAACGCUGAUUCCAAGGGGUGGGUGUGAUUCGUCUUGAAUGAGGACAUUUCUUUUGUUUUUCAUCAUCCUUAACAUUAAGGUGCUUUAUUUUCCCCUUUUUUUUGUAUUUGCCUUGGUCUGAUGCAGUGUGUGACGAAUUUAUGAAGUGGUUUCUGGUGUAUUUAAAAACUGUUUUUUUUCACUUAGUUACAUUGGUGCUCUUAAAAUGUUUUGUUUAAAUAAUAAACACUACAACUGCCCCAAACGGUAUAAUGGUUUGAAUUUGCAUGAUGCAACGACUAUUCACAUGCAAAAUGUAAAGUAUUUUCUCUUGAAAAAAAUAACCUGGCCAUUUAUAAUUUUUUGUUUGUUUCUUUGUUGUGUAGUUCCUUUUUUAUGCCAUGGCGAACAAACCUCACUGUUUUGUUUGAGAGGUAAGAAGACAAAAAUAAUGUGAUCACAAAUGAGAAAGUAUUAGUCAUCCCUUUAUUAGAGACGAUUUUAUUUUAGCAUUUUGAUCGAGUGCUGUUUAGAGUGCAAAGCAUUUUGUGAAAAGAAUUGUCAUCGAUGUAGCUGGAAUAUUGGUACAAGGAGGGAGGAUGUGAUUGUGUUAUCAAUCAUUUGAAUACAGCUACUACCUCAAA